UCCCCGAAGCCGCGCACGCGCCACCGCCACCGCCGCCGCCCCCGGCCCGCGCCCGCCCGCCGCUGCCUUCCCGGCCCGCUUGGCACCUCCUCGGCCUCGGCUCGGCGCCCGCAGCAUGCAGCAGCAGCAGCCUCGGCGGCGGCGGCGGCGGCCGUGAGGCGAGGGCCGUGCGCCCCGGCGGGCCGGCGCGGCAGGGCGGCGGCGCCUUUGUUGAGGCCGGGCCGCCGCGGCCUUUGUCUGCAGAUGGUGGACGCCGGCGGCCGCCCCGCCGCGGAGGGCUGGAGAAGAAUGGAGGCCCCACCGGACAGCGCCGACCUGGUGCCGCUGGAUCGCUACGACGCGGCGCGGGCCAAGAUUGCCGCCAACCUGCAGUGGAUAUGCGCGAAGGCCUACGGCCUAGACAACAUCCCUGAGGAUCUUAGAGACCCUUUUUACAUCGACCAGUACGAGCAAGAGCACAUUAAACCGCCUGUUAUCAAGCUACUUCUGUCCAGUGAGCUGUACUGUCGUGUCUGCAGCCUCAUCCUGAAAGGAGACCAGGCAGCCUCUUUACAAGGACACCAGUCUGUCAUUCAGGCCCUGUCUAGGAAGGGGAUCUAUGUGAUGGAGAGUGACGACACCCCUGUGACUGAUGUUGACCUCGGCCAUGCACCCAUAAAGAUGAGUGCCCACAUGGCGAUGGUGGAUGCUCUCAUGAUGGCCUACACAGUGGAGAUGAUCAGCAUUGAGAAGGUGGUGGCCAGCGUUAAGCGCUUCUCCACAUUCAGCGCCUCGAAAGAACUUCCAUAUGACCUUGAGGAUGCCAUGGUGUUCUGGAUCAACAAGGUAAAUCUUAAAAUGAGAGAGAUAACAGAGAAAGAAGUUAAAUUAAAACAGCAGUUACUGGAAAGCCCAGCUCAUCAAAAGUCUCCCUCCAAGUGGUAUUGGAAGUUAGUGCCCGUCCGCUAUCGGCGAGAGCACCUUUCUGCUAGGCAGUCACCCUACUUCCCGUUGUUGGAGGACUUGAUGAGAGACGGCAGUGAUGGCGCUGCUCUCUUAGCAGUGGUUCACUAUUACUGCCCAGAGCAGAUGAAACUGGAUGAUAUAUGUCUGAAGGAGGUGCCAUCUAUGGCUGAUAGCCUGUAUAACAUCCGGCUUCUGAGGGAGUUCUCCAAUGAGCAUCUGAACAAGUGCUUCUAUCUCACCCUGGAGGACAUGCUGUAUGCUCCCCUGGUGCUGAAGCCGAAUGUUAUGGUUUUUAUUGCUGAGCUUUUCUGGUGGUUUGAGAAUGUCAAACCAGAUUUCGUUCAGCCCAGAGAUGUUCAGGAGCUGAAGGAUGCUAAAACAGUGUUACAGCAGAAAAGCAGCCGACCUCCCGUCCCUAUCUCCAAUGCGACCAAGCGCAGCUUCCUGGGUAGUCCUGCUGCCAUGAGCCCAGCCGACCUGCUGCCACCCACCCAGCUGCCAGCUGAAGGCGGACACCGGUACCACCUCCACGCUGAGGAACCUGAAUAUCUUGGGAAAGGAACUUCCGCCUUCAGCCCAUCCCAUCCUUUAUUGCCACUGAGGCAGAAACAACAGAAAGCUGCCCAAGCGGAGGAUACCCCUGAUCAGCGACAUCGAUCUAAUUCUUUAACCCGAGUUGAUGGUCAGCCACGAGGUGCAGCAGUAGCAUGGCCAGACAAAAAAAACAGGCCCGUGUCCCAGCCAACACCCUUUACUCUCCAUCAUGCUGCAAGUUGUGACGUGGACCCUGGCUCCGGUGACAGUAUCAGCUUGGCCCGUUCCAUCAGCAAAGACAGCUUGGCAUCCAACGUUGUCCACCUGACCCCACAGAACCAGCCCCAUCCCACAACUGGAAAGACCAAUGGGAAAAGCCUCCUAAGCAAUGUCAACAUUGAGGAUGAGGAGGAAGAGCUUAUGGCCAUCAUCAGGACAGAUGUGUCUCCCCACUGUGGUGACCCAGAGGUCCCCAGGGCCUCACCUUGGACCCAAGGCCUGAUGGCAAGCGCGAGGUCUCCCCAAAGACAGACAGACACCCUGGAGGGUAAGCCUGACAGUUUUUUCUUAGAGCCCCUGAUGCCAGCAGUGCUUAGGCCUGCAAAAGAGAAGCAGAUUAUUACUAAGGAGGAUGAACGUGGAGAAGGGAGACCAAGGGGCAUCACGUCCAAGAGGGCCAAUGAGGGCUCCCAGCCCUCCCUUCGGAGGAGAGUGGCCAGCAGUCAUGGCAGUCGUGAUUUGAAUAGGACUUUCACCCCAAUCCCUUGUUCAGAGUUUGCUGCAAGCAUUGACCCCACAGAGGCGGGAUUGCGGUCAGCAGAAGCUAUAGAAGUGGAUGGGAGUCCUCUGGUUGCUGGUGGAUUCGAUCUGUUACCUCAGGGACAGGCUGCUGAUGGCUUCUUCCUUCAUGUAGGCAGAGCUGAUGAUGACACAGAGGGGAGAUUAUAUGUUAGUUCGCAGAGCCCCAGCUCUCAUGACUCAGAGCCAUGGACUAUCUUGAGGCAGGAUUCUGACUCUGAUGUGGUGGAUGUAGACGAUGCAGAGCAGGAUUUCAUUGGCGAGGACCAUCCUGUGGUUAUUCCCAGAUAUGCUGGUGAGGAAGAAUCGGCCAAGCUACAAGAAGAUAUGAAGGUAAAGGAACACGAAGAUAAGGAUGAUGCCAGUGGACGCUCAAGCCCAUGUCUGAGCACAGCCUCUCAACUCAGCAGUAUGUCCAUGGCGAGUGGCAGUGUGAAGAUGACCAGCUUCGCCGAAAGGAAGCUCCAGCGGCUCAACAGCUGUGAGACCAAGUCUAGCACCAGUAGCUCCCAGAAGACCACGCCGGAUGCAUCCGAGAGCUGCCCAGCCCCUCUGACAACAUGGAGGCAAAAGAGAGAGCAAAGUCCUGGCCGGCACAGCAGGGAUGCUGCCAGCCUGCUGGCGUCCGAGCUGGUGCAGCUGCACAUGCAGCUGGAGGAGAAGCGCAGGGCGAUAGAAGCCCAAAAGAAGAAGAUGGAGGCCCUGUCGGCACGGCAGCGCCUGAAGCUGGGCAAGGCUGCCUUUCUGCACGUGGUGAAGAAGGGCAAGACUGAUGGCACCCCUCAGCCACUGAGGCCUGAGCACUUCACAAAGGAGUAUGCACAGCACAAUGGGGAGGACUUUGAUGACAGUGUUUCUAAAGCUGAAGGAUUUCUCAUCAUGGAAGAGCAGAGAGAUCUCAGUGAGCCUCAAGAGGUGGACAGAGAAGGCCUGGCUCUCACCCAGCUUCAUAAACCCAAAGACCCAGCUGCUCUGCACGACAUAGAGAAGCAUAGGGUGAUCUCUGCUGCUCUCCUGGAGGACAGUGUCACUGCGGCUGUGGACGUGGAUGAGUGCGACCUGUCCAUUGAGAAGCUGAAUGAGACCAUCAGCACACUGCAGCAGGCUAUACUGAAGAUCUCCCAGCAGCAGGAGCAGCUUCUCCUGAAGCCCCCGACUGUGCCAACGCCAGGCUCUAAAAAUAACUCCCAGGAUCAAAAAGUGAAGGCCCCAAUCCACCUUGUCGAACCACUCUCUCCCACUGGGGUGGCUGGCCACCGCAAACCUCCCCGGUUAGGCCAAGGCCGGAACUCGCGCUCAGGAAGACCAGCUGAGCUGAAGGUUCCAAAAGACAGGCAGCAGGGCUCCUCCCGGAGCAAAACCCCUACACCCAAUGUGGAGACCCUCCCCCAUCUGCGGUCUUUCCCCCCAAGCAACCACCCACGGACCCCCUCAGACCCAGGUGCGGACAGUGCUGCAGACCCCAGCAGUGACCCCCCUGAGAAGUGUCUCUUUGACAGUUAUAGGCUCCAUGAUGAAAGCAACCAACGGACAUUUGUUCUGUCCUCUUCUAAAGAUGCUAACAUUAUAUCAGAACAGAAGAACUUCAAGGACGGUUUGGACACUGGUGUGAAAGAGGCAGGGUUGAACUCCUUGGCCAUCACAGGAAAAGAGAGCGUCCUGGUGGAAGAGCCACUGAGGAGCAAGGCCAACCUCAUUGAAGUGGACCUGUCUGACCUGAAGGCCCCUGAUGAGGAUGGACAGGUGAUGGGCCAUGAUGGCUCUGCAGAGCUCAUUGGGGACAGUGACCAGAAGCCUGGGGUUGGCUUCUUCUUCAAGGAUGAGCAGAAGGCAGAGGAUGAGCUUGCCAAGAAGCGGGCAGCCUUCCUCCUGAAGCAGCAGCGCAAGGCUGAGGAGGCUCGUGUUCGCAAGCAGCAGCUGGAGGCUGAAGUGGAGCUCAAACGGGAUGAAGCCCGACGGAAAGCUGAAGAAGACCGCAUUCGGAAGGAAGAGGAGAAGGCACGGCGAGAGCUCAUUAAGCAGGAGUACUUGCGGAGGAAGCAACAACAGAUUUUAGAGGAGCAAGGACUUGGCAAACCUAAAUCAAAGCCGAAAAAGCCCCGGCCCAAGUCCGUGCAUCGAGAAGAGUCAUGUAGUGACUCUGGAACCAAGUGUUCCUCCACUCCCGAUAACUUGAGUCAGACUCAUUCUGGUUCCAGCCUGUCCUUGGCCUCUGCAGCAACAACAGAACCCGAGAGUAUUCAUUCGGGAGGCACACCUUCUCAACGAGUUGAAUCCUUAGAAGCCUUGCCCAUUCUGAGCCGCAACCCAAGCAGGAGCACAGACCGAGACUGGGAAACGGCAUCGGCAGCUUCUUCCCUGGCCUCUGUGGCCGAGUACACAGGUCCUAAGCUCUUUAAGGAGCCCAGUAGCAAAUCAAACAAACCGAUCAUCCAUAAUGCUGUAUCCCACUGCUGUCUGGCUGGAAAAGUGAACGAACCCCACAAGAAUUCAAUCUUGGAGGAGCUGGAGAAGUGUGACGCCAACCACUACAUCAUACUCUUUCGUGAUGCUGGCUGCCAGUUCAGGGCGCUUUAUUGCUACUAUCCUGACACUGAAGAAAUCUACAAACUCACUGGCACGGGGCCAAAGAGCAUCACCAAAAAGAUGAUUGACAAGCUGUAUAAAUAUAGCUCGGACCGAAAACAGUUUAACCAGAUCCCAGCCAAGACCAUGUCCGUCAGUGUGGAUGCACUCACAAUCCAUAACCACUUGUGGCAACCAAGCGGCCCGGGGUGCCAAAGAAGACUCAGACUCGUAAGUGACCACGACACGGCAGGAGUCUGCGAGGAUGUGCCGACGGGAUCCGUAUUUAUUGUUUUCAUCCAUUUGGGUACGAAGUGUGUGGAGCCACAGACCUUUUAUACAGAGGCCCCCUAGACAACACAAGAAGAGCCUUCCUUCCUCCCCGCACACAGGAAUGCCGGGCGGGGAGACAGAGGAGUCAAUGCCAUGGUUUCUGUGGCCUGGCAGCUGUGGUCCUUGCUGUCCACUGAGACCCUCAGAUGGGGGAUGUCCACAGAGCAAGGUUCCGGGCUGUGCAUCUCCCUUACUUGAAGUUCUUCAGAAUAAUUUAAAUGUGAUCUACUCACUGGCCUCUCCCCUCACCCCCUUUGCACAUUGCCUGAUGCCCCACAGUGGGCAGCUGUAAUCUUUUGUGAUUAUAGGGCCGAGGCUUACUCUCGGGUCAGGGUGUUUGAAUGUCUUCAUAAAAGGAGCUCAUAUGGGAAAUCUUUUUCAUUUGAGAAACUGUAUGAUAUUUAUUGACUGUGUCUACUGCCAACCUUUAUAUCCAGUUCUAAGAUUUCUGAAAAAAAAAAAAAAAAAAUCCUUGUUUCUUGCUGCUCAGAAAAAGUUUACUGAAAAUACCAGUUCACUAAAAGCACUGAAAUUGGCAAAGUCUGUCUUCUGCUAAAAUGACGUUUACAAAUAUAGAGAUGAUUAUUUCUGACAUGCAAUCGUGAGGGUGGUGACCUGGGUACGACUAGCUGGUGCUGGCCACACUUAGCAUAGGUGCCAGGCCAGCCAUGGCCACCACUGAUUGAUUGGAAUUUUGGCUUAGUGCGUCGACGAUUUGCUCACUUUAAUAAAGACAGAUUUUGGUACAGUAGUGGACUUUCCCUCUGAGCAUGUUUCUCUCAAGAGGUGCUGCACUUGGGCUGACAGUUCCUUUGUGGUGUGUGACGUCCUGACUUGCCUGUCUCAGUUCUUGCUUCUGGAGGAGCAGCAUGCUCUGUGGGGUGUGCAGUCUCAGGUGAGGUUGGUCGUUUUGUUUUGUUGCCGCUUUAAAAAAAAUUAGGUGGUUAUAUGCAAUUAUUUCAG